GACGGGGUUUUACCGUGUUAGCCAGGACGGUCUCGAUCUCCUGACCUCGUGAUCCGCCCGUCUCGGCCUCCCAAAGUGCUGGGAUUACAGGCUUGAGCCACCGCGCCCGGCCGAAUAUUCUAUUUCUAGAGAGGAAUCAAUUAUUGAAGAAUUGGCACCCUCUCCCACAGGGAGCACCAGAGAAGUCAGUAGAACACAAAGAAUUGGGCGAAAGGGAUGUAGUAGAAUGGCAUGAGCCUGCAAUGGGCAGGGUUUUCUUUGAACUGGGUGAACAGUCUGGCAGUGGUACGAGGACCCCAACUCCCUAGCCUGGGGAAGAUGAGAUACGUGAGGUUGAGGUUUGAGAAGAAAAGUCGCCACUUGGAGGGGCUGCAGAAGUGGCUCUCAGAGGAUAGCUGGUUUUCCAUGAAGGCAAGGAGGGUGCAGAGAGCUAGCCUGGAGGGUUCACCAGAGGGCCCGUGGGAGUGGGUGGGUGGGAAUGGAGCUGGGUGGGAGUCAUCAAGGACAGGGUUACAUGGCUACUGGAUGAAAACACGGAUGAAAAGCCAGUGGACUUGGUCUUGAUAGUAUCUGAGGAGGGUGGGUCUUACUUGGCCAUUGGGACCCAAACCAGAAACUGCUCCCCCUUCAAAAUCCACGAGUUUACCUAUCACAGCCAACCAGGAGGUUACCUCACAUGCCAUCCUUUGACUUUGGCACCAAGCCCUUAAUAAACCUGGUAUCUAAGCCUUGGAAACAGCCCCCAAAUUGUACGUUUGAUACUAUGUAUCUGAAAGACAUACAUAUAUCCUUUCCGAGUGUCAGGAAAGAACAUUCGAAUGUCAAAAAUGAUCCGGACCCUCACCUUUCGCUGCUUGACCGCCGCCAUCAUGGGUCGCAUGCAUGCUCCCAGGAAGGGCCUGUCCCAGUCCGCUUUGCCCUAUCGACGCAGCGUUCCCACUUGGUUGAAGUUGACAUCUGAUGACGUGAAGGAGCAGAUUUACAAACUGGCCAAGAAGGGCCUGACUCCUUCACAGGUCGGUGUGAUCCUGAGAGAUUCACAUGGUGUUGCACAAGUACGUUUUGUGACAGACAAUAAAAUCUUAAGAAUUCUUAAGUCUAAGGGACUUGCUCCUGAUCUUCCUGAAGAUCUCUACCAUUUAAUUAAGAAAGCAGUUGCUGUUCGAAAGCAUCUUGAGAGGAACAGAAAGGAUAAGGAUGCUAAAUUCCGUCUGAUUCUGAUAGAGAGCCGGGUUCACCGUUUGGCUUGAUAUUAUAAGACCAAGCGAGUCCUCCCUCCCAAUUGGAAAUAUGAAUCAUCUACAGCCUCUGCCCUGGUCGCAUAAAUUUGUGUGUGUACUCAAGCAAUAAAAUGAUUGUUUAACUUAAAAAAAAAAAAAAAAAAAAA